AAAUUGUGCUGUAGCUCCUUAUCCUGCAGGGACGUCCUCUGCAGCCCUGACAGCGAAAUCCUUUCAAAUAAAGUUCAGGAAUUCAAUGCUAAGUGUGCUUUCGCUUUGACGCGACUUUUCCCCGCAGCUCCGCUUCGGUUUAAAGUAAGAGGAAAACAAACUUUUGCCACGUCAGUUCAGACCAUCCUCUGACCAUGACAGCUGGUGUUUAACGGGUUUGCGGAACACUGACCUCGUGAGCUAACAGGCUAACAGUCCAACAACAGCGGCUGGACCUGGCAGCGAGUUUUAGCCGGCUAACGCUAACCGUCCGCUAGCUGCCUGCGUUUGGACCAGAGAGAGAAGACAUAGAAGAAGCCAAACUUCAGGGUUUUUGUCAAGAUGGAGAGCAAAUACAACCUCAAGAGCCCAGCUGUGAAGAGGUUGAUGAAGGAGGCAGCCGAGCUCCGAGACCCCACUGAGCACUAUCAUGCCCAGCCUCUCGAGGAUAACCUCUUUGAGUGGCACUUCUCUGUCCGAGGGCCACCUGACUCGGAUUUUGAUGGAGGGAUUUACCACGGCCGCAUCAUUCUUCCUCCUGAAUAUCCCAUGAAGCCCCCCAGCAUCAUCCUUCUCACUCCCAACGGGCGGUUUGAAGUGGGAAAGAAGAUCUGUCUGAGCAUAUCUGGGCAUCACCCCGAGACCUGGCAACCCUCCUGGAGCAUCCGGACAGCAUUAAUAGCGAUUAUAGGGUUCAUGCCAACUAAAGGAGAGGGGGCAAUAGGAUCACUAGAUUACACCCCAGAGGAGAGGAGAACCCUCGCCAAAAAGUCUUUGGACUUUUGUUGUGAGAUGUGUGGCUGCUCCAUGCGUUCAGCCCUGCUGGCGCUCUCUCCUAACAGCGACCCCCGACCGGCUGACCAGCAGGCUCAGAAGCUAGCCCAGCAAAUCAGCUUUAAGGCUGAGUCAAGUACUUCAUCUAUGGGUAGUGGGGGUCAAGUGUUGGGCACUGACAGAAAACCUGACCCGCAGGAGGAGACCUCUUCAUCAGAGGUGCAGGACAGUGAAACAACUGCCCAGGCUGACGAGGCCGAGUCAGCCUCUGCAGCCACCAGUGAAACAGCCUCGGUCCCUGCAGCCCCCGACUCCCGCCCCCUGAGCCCCCGGCAGCGCCGCGCUCAGAACCAAAACCGCAACCAGAACCAGAACCAGAACCAGCUCCGCCGACCCGCCUUCCCCGCAUUCCCUGCAGCAGCAGCCCAGCCAGAUGGCAGCCACACUGGCUCAGCCGUGCUCAUCGUGCUGCUCACGCUUGCCCUCGCUGCCCUUGUCUUCCGCAGGAUCUACCUGGCCCAAGAGUACAAGUUUGACUACGACCUCUGACUGUCACCCACUUUGAAAAUCCCUGCCACCAACCUCCACCACAUCUAGUCCAGCACUCAGCCGACCUCUCUCAGCCCAGCCAAAGCCCUCUCUACCUGGGGAAGAGUCCCCUCAGCCUGCCCUCUGCCAGCCUGAGAGACCACGACCCUUCAUCAGGGCACAGACGGCUGGUAGAACUUAGAGGAACAAAUCGUAAACCCUGUAGAGAGGAAAUGGGUUCUGUAAUAUUGACGUGUGCAUUCCUAUAGAGAGGACUGAGUUAUGUCCCACUUUUUUUCUGUUUUUUUAACUACACUCUUAAAAGUAAAGGUUUUGCAUAGAACAAUGCCAUAGAAGAACCUUUCAGUUAAUGGUUCUUUAAAGAACCGUUUAUUUAAACAACAUGGGCAAGUGUGGAAACCCUUUUUGAAGUUACACAACACACAAAAGUUGUUUCUUACAACUGUUUAUGAACCGUUUAUUUUUAAGAGUGUACAAAGUAGUUGUUGUCUACUGGUUUCUGAAGAAAUGGUUACAUUGAGCUAAGAACAUAAGGGACUUCUAAGCCUCAAAAGUCUUCUGAUGCAUGUGCUUUUGGUCUGAAAAGAAUCUGUCAAAUAGGCUCUAUUUAAUGUUAAGCAAAAUAAUUAUUUGUAUUCCAAUGUCAGCGAUUCAGGUCAUUAAAUUAGGUCUAGACAGUAUCGUAACAUUAUGCUCUUAAACGCUCAAUUACACAUAUGCACGCUGUGACUGUCAAGGGCAACUGAACUUCAUAAACUCAACAGCGCAGCCUGGCAGUUUAGGUUUAGCGCUUUUAAUUGUGACCAGGUCCUACUCUAGUGACCCUGAAAUUAAAACAGCUCAGUUUAAUCAAUAACUCAAUUGUGCAAUGUAAAGCUGUUGUAUAAUUUUUAACAAGAGGAUGAUUAAAAUGGAGAAAAUCAA